UAAGAAAAUCAUUUGUAUUUAAGUCUAUAAUUUAACUCGUUGGAACUUUUCUUCUGUUUUUUCUUAUUCCCUUCUCUUUCUUCUUUGCUCUUUAAAUCCUGAAAACAAGCUGAAUAGAUAAAAAUGGAGGCAAAAACAAAUAUUAGUGGAAAUGGUAGGCGAUGGUCACUCGAAGGAAUGACUGCUCUUGUCACGGGUGGUACCAAAGGAAUUGGGCAUGCUAUCGUGGAGGAGCUUGCAGGAUUAGGAGCAAGUGUACAUACAUGUUCCAGGAAUGAAGCUGAACUUAAUGCUUGCUUGCUAGAUUGGAAAACAAAGGGUUUGCCUAUAAGUGGCUCGAUAUGUGAUGUUUCUUCUCGACCACAAAGAGAGAAACUUAUGAAAACUAUUAACUCUGUUUUUAAUGGAAAAUUAGACAUACUUGUGAAUAAUGUUGGUGGUUGUACGAGAAAUGAAACUGCGGAAACUACAUCGGAGUAUUACUCUACUACAAUGGCAACAAAUUUUGACUCAGCAUAUCAUCUAUCACAACUUGCAUAUCCACUAUUUAAAGCCUCAGGUAAAGGCAACAUCGUCUUCAUUUCGUCGAUUGCAAGUAUCAUGGCAUUUGAUAUUGGAUCUGUUUAUGGAGCAGCGAAAGGAGCAAUGAACCAACUAGCAAAGAAUCUAUCGUGUGAAUGGGCAAAAGAUAAUAUAAGAGUUAAUUCUGUUGCUUGUGGAUUUAUUUGGACGUCUGCGACUGAGCAUCUUAGAAAUCAGAAGGAGAAUUUGGAGGUUGUCCAAUCUCGAAUUGCUUUAAGACGUGUAGGAGAACCCGAGGAAGUAUCGUCUUUGGUUGCUUAUCUUUGUCUACCUGUAGCUUCUUAUAUAACUGGACAAACUAUAGCUGUUGAUGGAGGUUUUACUGUUAAUGCCUUCUUACCAUUACCAAUUAUGCCUAACGAUGUGGACCAUGUGGUCAAGGAGUUUUAUAUUUGCAGGCAUGCUAUUGUGGAGGAGCUUGCAGGAUUAGGAGCAAGUGUACAUACAUGUGCUAGGAAUGAAGCUGAACUUAAUGCUUGCUUGCUAGAUUGGAAAACAAAGGGUUUGCCUAUAAGUGGCUCGAUAUGUGAUAUUUCUUCUCGACCACAAAGAGAGAAGCUUAUGGAAACUAUCAACUCUAUCUUUAAUGGAAAAUUAAACAUACUCGUGAAUAAUGCUGGUAGUUGUACAAGAAACGAAACUGUGGAAACUACAGCGGAGUAUUACUCUAUUACAAUGGCAACCAACUUUGAGUCAGCUUAUCAUCUAUCACAACUUGCAUAUCCAUUCUUCAAGGCCUCAGGGCAAGGCAACAUCGUCUUCAUUUCGUCGAUUGCAAGUAUGGUAGCAUUUGAUAUUGGAUCUGUUUAUGGAGCAGCAAAAGGAGCAAUGAACCAACUGGCGAAGAAUUUGGCAUGUGAAUGGGCAAAAGAUAACAUUAGAGUUAAUUCUGUUGCUUGUGGAGUCAUUUGGACUUCUAUGACUGAGGGUAUGAGAACCCAGAAGGAGUAUCUGAAGGGUUUCGAAUCUCGAAUCGCUCUAGGACGUUUGGGGGAACCAGAGGAAGUAUCAUCCUUGGUUGCUUAUCUUUGUCUACCUGCAGCUUCAUAUAUAACUGGACAAACUAUAACUGUUGAUGGAGGUUUCACUAUUAAUGCCUUCGUUCCAAUUGUGCUAAAUUAAAUGAUGUGGUCAAGGAAGGUUAAAAUCUCUGUUAUUCAUUUUUUUUCUUGAUUUGGAGAAAUGCAAAUUCUCAUGAUUAAUGAACUUUAUUGGAUAUAGUAUUCUACUGAUGAUGUAAUAAAACAGAAACUUGAGAAGUUUGUUAUAGUUUCUGUUAUUCUGUUUCAUAAAUGCCAUGCUGGCAUAAUUAGUUAGAGUUAGUUGUUCUUCUUGUAUAUAAAGCUACUCUAACUUUGUAAAUGAGUUUAAUGGAAAUCUGAGCAUAUUUCCUCUAAA